AUGGAUAUUUCAAGUAAUAGUGAUGAUAGUUUUGAGAAUGAAGAAGCUAUAGAUAUUUUGUUUCGCUCCUAUUCUAGUACACCAGUUGUACACAUUGCUGAUAUCUCUAAUGCAACACCUAGACAGUUUUUUGAGCGUUUUAUACCUGUUGAUUUUAUAAUAUCAGUAGUAAUUCCAUCUACAAAUAAAUAUGCACGUGAAUGUGAACAAACAGCUAGAGUUUCACUGGCAUUUGGUCAAUACAUAUUAUAUCAACGAUUUCGAAAUAUCAUAAAAUAUUUGACAUUAACAGAUAUAUCAACAAAUAAUGAUCCCUUUCAUUUUGCAUGGCAGUUUCAUGAUGAAUUUAAUGAAAAUCUUAUAAAAGCUAUCCUACCUGGUCCUUAUCUUUGUAUGGAUGAAUCAAUUGGUAGAACAAUUAUCGCUGAUUCGUGGUUUGAUAGCACAGAUGCAUGCAUUACUUUAUAUAAACAUGGUCUUUAUUCUAUCCUACAGAUAAAAAAACAUCGUUAUUGGCCUAAAAAUAUCCCUAAUGAUAUUACGGAUGUAUUUGAAAAUACAUAUGGGUUAUCUAUUAGUCGAGUUUGCAAAAUAAGUGAUGUUGACUUAACUGUAUAUUCAAUUCAUGAUCACAAAGAUAUCGUACUUUUUGCUAGUUAUUCUACAACAACUCUCAGAAGAGAAGUAAAUCGAUAUAUUAAGGGUUAUGGCAAUGCAACAUUCCAUCGACCUAUUGUAUUUGAUGAGUAUAAUGAAUUUAGAUCAGCUGUAAACAUGUUUAAUAAUUUGCGUGAUAAUUCACUUUCUUAUCAUGAUAUUCUUGGAUUAAAACGCUCUGCAGAUCAUGUUUUUUGCUUUAUCUUACAGUUGCAGAGACAAAUAGCUUCUCUGCAUAUUGUAGAUUUAUUCCAGGAAAAAAAAUAUGAAACACGUUGA